AUGUCAGCCACUCCGCUGGAAGAAAAGCCUCCGUCCACAGGAGAGCAAACCGGCUCUGAACAAGGACAGUCCCUGUCCUUGGCCGAGCACGAGCCAGCACCCGACGGCGGCCUCAGGGCAUGGCUCGUCGCCUUCGGAGCCGCCUCCAUCUUCUUCUGCUGCCUGGGCUUCUCCAACUCCUUUGGCACCUUUACGGAGUACUACCUGAGCCACCAGCUCAGUGACCAUUCUCCCGACGACGUAGCCUGGAUAGGCUCCCUGUCUGCCUUUCUGCAGUUCUUCGUGGGCAUGGUCGGAGGUCCUCUAUUCGAUCGUUAUGGCUCCAUGGUCAUCUUCCCAGCCGCCGUCCUCUACAUCUUCGCCGUCAUGAUCCUAAGCGCCUGCAAAGCGUACUGGCAAAUCAUGCUCGUCCAGGGCGUCCUCAUGGGCGUCGCCAUGGCCUUCCUCCAGUUCCCCGCCAUGGCCAGCGUCUCCCAGUACUUUGACAAGAAGCGCGCCGCCGCCCUCGGCGUCGCCAUCUCGGGCUCCUCCAUCGGCGGCAUCGUCAUGCCCAUUGCCGUGUCCAAGAUGCUCAACAGCACGUCCCUCGGCUUCGGCUGGACGGUGCGCAUCAUCGGCUUCCUCAUGCUGCCCUUCAUGGCGUUUUCCCUGGCCGUCGUCAGGCCGCGUCUGCCGCCGAGGACGACGAGCUUCUGGAUUGCUUCGGCGUUUCGCGACGCCAAGUACGACUUUCUCAUCCUUUCGGCCUUUUUCGUCUUCAUCGGCAUGUUCAUGCCAAUCAUCUUCCUGCCAACGUAUGCCGUGCAAAGAGGCAUGGGCGCAACGCUCGCCGGAUACUUGCCCGCCAUCCUCAACGGCGCGUCGACAUUCGGCCGCAUCAUCCCAGGCGUGCUGGCGGACAAGUACGGCCGACUGAACAUAUACGCCGCCGGGUCCGUCAUCACCAGCGUCGUCAUCUUCUGCAUGGACUCGACCACGUCCAACGCGGCAAUCAUCGUCUAUGCUGCCGUCUUUGGCUUCACCUCUGGCACACUCAUCUCCGGAGCAACCGUGUCCAUCACAGGCUGUAGCCCCGACCCACGCGACAUCGGCACUUACACCGGCAUGGGGUUGGCCCUGGGAGCUCUCGGAGCACUGGUCGGGCCUCCUAUCGAUGGUGCCUUUGUGAGCCAUUAUGCGGGAUUCUUCGAGGCUACCAUGUUCAGUGGUGCCAUGUGCCUGUUUGGUGGGCUUACCAUCCUCGCGGCCAAACUUGCGAGCCCUCAGGGUCUGUUUAGCAAGUCGUGA